AUGGGAACUGGCCCAGGGGGAUUUAAGAGGGACUGUAGCGUCGACAACAAGAGCGGAACUCCAACUUCCAAUACCGUCGGACUGCUCUAUUGUUUGGGUUGGUUGAUUGAGGAGAAGCAGAGUGGAGUAACUACCGAGUUUCAAGCUCGAGCAGAGUAUGUAGCCUCACCUCUGAUGGCGGAAGCUUUGGCUCUGAGAGAAGCCUUGACCACAGUGCGGCAGCACAGGUGUUCUAACGUCUGGAUUCGAUCCGACAAUCUUGAGCUCAUUAGAGCUAUCAACUCGAAGGCAUUUCCUAUGGAGCUUUUUGGAGUUCUCAAGGAUAUCGAGUUUCUAUCCCAGUUUUUGGAUUUCAUUUGUUUCACUCAUGUAUCGAGGUCUUAUAAUGGUAGAGUGGACUCCUUGGCGAAAUCUGCUCAUCAUCUUGCCUCCCCUGCUUUGUACUAA